AUGCUAAAUCCCUUCGACAUGAACAGUCACGAUGACUCCAGCUCCCUUCGUUUGAGUAUGAAUGUGAAUAACGAAAAUUUUUCAUCAGAAAAAAACUACAACAAUGUUACUUCCCUACGGGUGCCGGCAGAUCCCUCGUGGCCCAAAAUUCCUUCUCGCCGGACGACAGACAAUAUUUCGGAUAUCAGUGAACCAGCCUGUGAUAUUUUCAUGGGGGGUACCCCCAGGAGGAGUCGCUCGAUAACUCGACCGCAUUCAAUCAGUUCCAAUGUUAAUGAGAAAAAUUAUCAGGGGAGUUUCUUCGAUUAUCAGUGCCCCAAAGUGUCGACUCAACACUAUCCACCGAGGAGACGACCUGGCUGUUUAGAUCCUCGGUUCAAAAAAGUGACAUCAAAGAAACCGCAGUCCACACCGGUCGACCCUCCACCGAGAUAUCCCUCGAAUUCACCAGAAUCAAAUUCCUCGGGUGCACCAGUUUCCAGGAAUAACUACGAUUCGUUUCGGUGCGAGGCAAAUCCCAUGAAGUUAAAGAGGAUUGAGAGCAUUGCGACGCAAACUGCACCCGGGGAUGAUAUAUCGCCGUUUGAAAGAUGUGAAGUGGAAUUGAGAGAUAAAAACACAAUGGAAAUUCAAUCAGUCGAACUGGGGGAUUCGAGAAUUAUCGAAAAAUGUGAGGGAGAGAAGGAUUUUAAGGCUCCCAUUCCUCUCUCGAAGCUCACCAUCGUUUCGAAUGCUUCUAUUAAUGUGCAGUCGGAGCCUUCCUCCUGUGAAUGUCAAGGUACAAACGGUGUUUUCAUGAAUACAAUCCCCCUCCCAGUGGUCAGCUACCAGAUAUCCCCCCAAUCCCAGGGGAAAAUCGAGCUCACCCCCCAGUUAGCAAUCUACUACCCCCAAAAUCUCUCUGGAUCCCAGGGAAAAGGCUCCCUCGACCACUGCAGAGUCACAAUUCCCCACCAGCUCAACUCUGGGGACUCGGAAGUCCCCGACAGCGAGAGAAUCACCGAAGACAGUGCAUCCCAGUGCCACAAAACCCCUCAUCUGAGCCGAAAAAAUUCCAACACGAAGAACAACGAGACCAUGUCAGCCCAGACCCAGGAGUUGCUGACGAAGAACUACUGGAAUUACUACAGAAGUCUGAGGGAGGGCGAUGGGGAUGAUUACAGGAGGGAAAUACAGAGCCACGAGAGGAUGGGAGCCCCAGAGACGAAGAAGAGAAGGUCCGAGGAGGAUAACUCGGGAGGACUCAGUCCCCUGGAGUUGAGGACUUUGGAGCACUGCACUGUCCUCUCCUCCAUGAUCAACAACACGAGGGAUCAGGAGAGUCCGGAGAUGAGGGAACUGUUUGGGAGUAAAAGUGGAUCCUUUCCAGGAGAAUUGAACGCUCAACAGCCCCUGAAGAAUCAGGGGAGCUCUCGAGUGGAUAAAAGCGGGAAUAAUUCCUUCAUCUUUGCGUCAUUGGGUGAGGACAAGAGUUUGGGGCUGUGCGAGAAGGCCGAGGAAAGAAAAAUUCCCAAAGUUAGAACUUUUGUUUUAUGUGGAAUCGCCAUUUACUUCGUGAUAAUUCUCCUCCAAGCAUUCUACGAAAACGUUUACUAUGAGGAUAACGACUACUACGAGGAGCUUAACUACGUGGAGUACUUUUUAAAUUACGCAAUGCUGUCGUUUCGAGAGGCAUUUCGACAGACUUUUGAUGUGAUGAACAGUCUGCUGUUGCAAUCGGUAAAAUUAGACCUAUUGUUCUUCUAUUCGUUCCAACAACUUAUUCACCACAUGCGAUAG